CCUGGCCUUGAACGCUUCCAUGUUGUGGGCUGCCAUGUUGAAGAAGCUGUAACAUUUUGGGCACAGAAUGUCAGUAGAUGUAAUGACCUCUUGAAAAUAUGUUGUGCGCUGACUGAAGCUUGUCCUUGUACUAAUGCAGUUUUUGGCAAACCUGAUUUUAGUAAGCCUUUAGAGAAAAUAAUUGCCAGCAGAGAUCUUACGCAACUUCAUCAUAUCUUUAUUUUAGAGGGGAAGAAGUUUUUGAGUAACCUAGCUUUUGAAAAAGAAAUAAAAAUACAUCACAAAGCCAAGCAUAAAGAUGGUACCAUUGUUGCCCAGGCAAAAACAAAAAAAACAGAUAUUGGAGAAGAGGUGGUCAAGACAGGGAUUAAAAAAUACACAUCUCCAGGAAACACUAAGGAUGAGGAAAAGAAAAGUAGCUGUCACACAAAACUAACAUUGGAAGACACCAGCUUGGGACAAAUAAGAUCAGAUCAGAGGCUAUCUGAAGAGAAACAAGUUCUCAGAAGGAAGAAUAUAAAUCUCUUGCAGAAGCAGAAGAAAUUAGAACUGAAGGUUCAAGAGCUGAAAUGUGAACUUCAGAGGGAAAACCAGUUUUCUGUGUGUGGGGCUGAAAAUCUGCACAUAAAAAAGAAUAGUCAUUUUGGGAAGCAGCUCUCACAAGCCAUAAAAGUGGUUCCAGAUGUUUCUCUCACUGUUCUGUGUUCCUUGGAAAAGUUGCAGAGGAUUUGGACAGAAUAUGACUUGGCUUAAAAGAGGAUUCAAUUAUGCAGAAAUUUGGAUGAAAGAGAUGAAUUGUUUAUCAAGCAAGAUGAGGUGCAGCAGAACUUGUAUUCAGCAGUGAAAGAAUUAAUUUUGGAAGUGGAUCAACUUUUUGUGGUGCCUUUUUCUUCCAUGUUACAGGAGCUGACAACUUCUCUGGAGAUGAUUUAUGGUCAAGAAUCUGAAGCAUAUGACCAGGAGGUAUUUCAACAGUUCUUUGAGUGCAAGUGUGUUAAAACAAAGAAACUAAAUUGUGUCAGAAAUAAUAUGGACACAACUAUGCAAAUUCUUGCUGACCGGUUCAGUUAUAUCUUUAAGUGUUGUAACCUGAUGUUAGAAGCAUUUUCUGACUUAGAUGAAGUGGUUGGCAGUGCAGAUUAAAUUCUCAAAAAGGUUGAGUUGACUGUUUCUGAAGAACUGGAUAUAGAAUUAAAUGAGCAUGAUGAAGCAGAGAAGGGAAUAAUUAUAAGUACUUACAAUAAAGUUAUGUGUGAAGUUCAUCAUGAGCAAAGUAUGAUCACUGUCAUACAAAACAGAUAUUUGGCCAGUGCUGAGGUUUCAAAAAAGCAGGCAGAGGAAUGACUGAAUAGAAGACCCAAUAUUAACAACUUAUUAUCAGUUAAGAAAAUUGUGAAAAGCUUAAAGGCCCAAACACAAUGGAAGCUGAUUGAAAAGAACAACUUUGAGGAAGGAAAAAACCCACCCGUGUUAUUACAGCUUUGCAUUCAAAACCAGGAGUUUGGCAUAUAAGAAGAUGGAACACCUGAGGUAGAUGUGGUUGCCAUGGAUGAUAAAGUUAAAUCUCUGCUCUUGAAUUUGUUCUACUCUAACAGACUGAUACCUGAGCAGGUGCUGAGGAAUGAUUGCUUCCUUGUAGUAGAUGCAAUUCCAGUUUCACUGUAAGCAGGUAAAGAGUAUGAGCCACAUAAAAAACAAGAUUCUGAGAAAAGACAUGAGGAAAAAAAAAAGUGAUCAACUGAGGAGAACGGAGAAAACUCUACUUAA